ACACGGAACCUUACUGAAUUAACAGCAGCAGAGGUCAACCCUUCUAUAAAGCAUGCUUGAUUACAUAUUUCCUGAAUUAAGCAUUUUGAUACAAUCACCUCAAAACCAAAGAUGGACUAGGAUGUAUCCAGCAUAAUGGGCAUAAUGGGCAGCAACCAUAUGGGCACACAGUGUGGAUGAGCCUGCCUGCUGAGAUGAACGCUGUCCUUGCCUAUACAUUCACCCAAGUCACGACUCGGUUCGGACGCUACAGACGUUUUAGUGAGAAUACUUUUUGGGAUGUCUCCUGGUCUGAUACACAGCGCUGUAGCUCUGCGGUUGAAAGUGGCGAAAAAAAUGACAUCUUUACCUUAAACUGGCGGAUUAUGUUAAUUAUAUACUCUUAAGGAUAGGAGAUAAGCUCAAGGAACUUUAAUUGAAAGCUCAUGAAGUGGACCUGUUGUUUACCUCAUGGAAUAUUCCAAGACAUCUUUUAGUUCCCUCUAUCCUUCCUCAUGCCUACUCUGAUCUGUGCAACGCCCCUACCCUAUAGCCUGUAAUAACAAGAUAACGUCCUAAAAAGUUAUUUUUAAUACAAGUAUUUAUUUGUCUUGAUUGGCAGAUAUUUUUUAAUCAAGAGAAUCAAGGUCCAAAGGUAAACAUCUGAAAAUAUUGUUCGGAAGGUUGUGCACCGCGCAAUGGAAAGCAUGGUGCGCAUGGAGCUGUCCAUGGUACUGAAUGCCAUAGCAUCAACAAGUAGUGAGCUUUUCAUUUUCUAGGCUACUCACGAGCGCUAUGUUGAAACUAUUGGAAAAACAUGACAUUGGCUGACACAAUAUGGUUAUAACGUUUGAAACUGCAAAUAGCUUUGUAGGAUAAAUCGGAUGUGUUACAAAAGUAUCAGAAGGGAUGACGAAAUGUAUCAUUGCAAGGGGGUAUCAACGCAUCAGAGUCAGUGUGUGAUCUUUGAGAGAGAGGAGACCAAAAAUGUCAAUCCUAUGACGUUAGUUCUGGCGCACGAAUGAAUUCCGAACGAAUGGACGUGCGAGCCAAAUUCGUGAUCAGAAGACGCGGAAAGAACAAGGCGAGAACGAGGUUGGGAGAUCAGGGAAGCCCGAAUUUUAAAACGCUGGGAUUGUCAAUAUUUUAUAGCCUAUUCAAUUGUUAUCUAGAGUGUUUUUCUUUGUUUGUACUGGUCACACGUGACUUUCUGGCGGAAACUGUCUUCUAGAAUUACAGUGCACGGAACUUGGACAUCAUGAUGCCGUUCCUAAGAACCCUGGUUGUGCUGGCUGUCCUCUGCGCGCCAACCUCCAGCCUCUGUCUCAGACUGUACCAGAGCGACUACAACCUCCUCUGUGACGAUGACAUACUAGCUGAGGUCCAGACGAACGACGUUCCCAGUGACACGUUCCCAGUGUCGGAAAGCUUGGGCUCCCUCUUCAAGUCCGGAGACACUCUCUCCUCCGCAGAGUCGCGGGAGAAAAGGACGUCGACUUACCCCGCCAACUACAGGUUUCUCAGUCAGACGCAGCUAAGGAGUAAGAUGUUCCAGAACAGCAUUAAUAAUGAUCGGCUACGCAAGUUUACCCUGUCUCUAGAUGUGCCCACCAACAUCAUGAACAUUCUCUUUGACAUCCAAAAGUCCAAGAACCUGCGCGCAAAAGCGGCCGACAACGCGCGUCUGAUGGCGCAGAUUGGACGAAGGAAGAGACAGUAGACUAUCUCUCCGACGGUUGAAGCCGCUAC